AGGCUGGAAGGUUAACAUUUGGCUCUGAGAAAAAUCGUUCGGUUAGUCGUUUGAAAUUUGAUCACAACAGAUAUUUCUAACGAGGUCAAAAAUGAGCGCAAAGGAAUGAGCUAACUUUUACUCAGAUGGAUAACUGAAAGCAACAUUUUUACCCUUCGCGUCUUCAGAAUGAGAGGGAGCGAAAUAGAUUACUGACUGCACGGAAUUCAAGAAAAACACUGGUGCCAAUUCAGGGGCAUGAACAGUGACAAGAAAAGUCAUUUGGUUUUCAUGUUUCUUGUAGAAUAGUUGUUUGUUGCAGAAAAGUAACCGUUCUCUGUAACCGGCAAAACAAUUCAAGGCUGAACGAAGACAGCUUGAGCCUGAACCACAUUGAACCAUAUUGUGCGCGGUUCUCAAGAUUCUCAGCUACUGGACCUGGACGUGACGUCUGAGUGGCAUCAUGUCAGUGCCGCGGACUCUGGGGGAGCUGCAGCUGUACCGCGUGCUGCAGCGCGCCAACCUGCUUGCAUACUACGAUACCUUCAUCCAGCAGGGCGGCGAUGACGUGCAGCAGCUGUGUGAGGCCGGUGAGGAGGAGUUCCUGGAGAUCAUGGCGCUGGUGGGCAUGGCAACCAAGCCCCUGCAUGUGCGCCGGCUGCAGAAGGCCCUGCGCGACUGGGCGGCCAAUCCAGCACACUUCAACCAGCCGUUGGCGUCCAGCCUGGCUCAUGGUGGAGGGGGGAUCCCACUCUUCAAGAUUGACAGCGCAGGUGCUGGGAGCACGGGCAGCACUGGAGGCAGGAAGUCCAUCGGUAACGGGCAGCCCGGGUCGCCGUGUGAGCGGGAGGAGAGGGGCACAUGCCUCACACCUCUCAGAGACACAGGAAGUCCCAGAAGCCCCUGCUCCCAGGCCUCGCCCCUGCCCUCGGACACCCUCUACAGGGACAAACUCUCUCCCAUGGACCCCCACUGGCUCAACCCUGAGGCGGACGAAGAGCAGCUCAGCCCUCCGCUGCCUACUCUGACCCUUCACCCCAGACCCGCCGGGGGUCCUCCGACCCCGCCUGCCCCUUCCUCCUCCUCCUCUUCCUCCACCUCCUCCACCUCAUCCCCGUGGCCGGGCGGGGUGCUGGAUGCAGAGAUGGCACGGGCGGUGGGCGAGAGCGUGGACAGGCUGCUCAGGACGCUGCCCCGUGCUGACCCUGGGGAGGUGAAGACCUUGCUGAGGCUCAACAAGAAGAUGGCGAAGACCGUGGGCCACAUCUUCAACCCCGACCUGUCAGAGCAGAGCAAAGAGGAGGAGAUACGCAAGUACAGCCUCAUCUAUGGCCGGUUUGACUCCAAGAGGAGAGAGGGCAAACAGCUCACACACCACGAGCCACAUUUCCUGAUGUUUCCCUCCACUCUUGUCCAGAUGAUUAUCAAUGAGGCUGCUGCCCAGUUCUGUAUCCGCGACAACGCGCUGUUGCUACGACGCGUGGAGCUCUUCUCAUUGGCCAGACAGGUGGCGAGGGAAUGUGCCUACACUACUUCACUCAAACACUCCAGGACUAACUCGGACGACGGAGCCGUUCCGCUGCUCAAGAGAAACCGACAGGAGAUGGAGUCAGACGUUUCCCUCAGGGGCAUGGAGGGGCCAGAGGUCACAUCCCAUGGUGCCCUGCGGUCAGCAACGGACGAGGACAGCCUAUCCAGUGAGAGUUUGGACAGUCUGACACAAGAUGUCGGCCGUCAGUCCCACCCCUCCUCAUCCCCCCGCCCACCCAUCGACACCCCUUCACCCGCCACCUGGAGUCGCCAGCUCAUUCAGCAAACGCUCAUGGAUGAGGGCCUGCGAUUGGCUAGGAUGAUGUCACAUGACCACGUGGGCAAGGGCAGCCUAGGGUCAGAGAGGAAGCAGACCGCAGCAGAACUGGAGAGCAAGGCGGCAGAAAGGAAAGGCACUGCUGCCCCCUGCAGGAGUGGCAGCCCUGGCAGCAACCGAGAGGAAUUGGACCGCAAUGGCAAGUGAAGAGGAGUGAAGUGGAGGAGAGCGUCAUUCAGAGCGCCAUACAACCGUUCACAAUCACUUCAGCUCCAUGGUCACCUCACAGACUAUCUACCAUCAUUCCACUCAUCUCCCCCAUGGAAACAAGCUAAAGACAUACUGCCACUCCACUCAGGGUCCAAGGCUGCUGUUGCUUGUCAGGAGGGCAUCCCCACCCACCCAGUCCAGGCUUCUGUUCUCACCAAGGCCAACCGUUCCACCCGUUCUGCAGUGGUCAUGAAUUCUCUGUGAAUAGCAUGUGAUUCAGUCCCUCAAAACAUCUCAAAAUAUUAUAACACUAACCAGAAGGGUGCCAUCAUCAUUUGUGCGGCAGGGACGACAACGGCUGUAGUCCACCUUAAGUUUUUGACUUGCAAUCUAAAUAAGUGACCUGUUGAGAACAUGAUCUCUACUGGACAAAAUGAAUCAAAUACGGCACCAUCAAGAUGUCUUUUAACAGUUUUAACUACUCAAAUGCAAGCUGGUACUUUUCUAUCCGUGCCUAUACUGUUCUACGUACACCUAACUGGCCCCUCUUCUGUACUUCAGUGUUAAGUUGGACUGCACACACAUGCUUCUGUUUCAGUCUUUCAUCACCUUCCUCCAUUGAAAGCUUCAAACAGGUCUGUUCGUAAAGCUUUUGUUGCCUGGAGUUAAAUCAUUUCUGUUGUUGGACAUUCCUUACCUGCUAACUCUCUUCACACCGGGUUACCCCCGAAGACUUUUGAACAAUGUUUCUCAUUACAUCUGUAUUUUCAGUGAAAUAUGAAGACCGUUGGUGCUAUAAUUCCUCUCUUUUCUGGUCCUUAGUAAGUGAUGAUACUGAUGGGAUUUAGUCUGGUCAUGUUUGAGUGUGUGGCAUUAAUCUGUUUCCUUAAUAAACCGUAACCAACUGGAUUUGGGAAGGCAGCUGUAUUGAAAUUAUGUGUGAUAAAUAUAUAAUUCCAAAUGCUGAGAAAAGAACUGGGUCUUUCAAACACUAAUUUUUAGCAAUCAUAGCUCAUGAAUUGAGGUACUUGGGCACAUUUCAAACCAAGCCUAAACCUUUAACAGCAUGUCCUGCCUGUGUGUGGAUGAAAAGAAACUUAAGUUUAAGUGCAUAGAUUAUCACUUGACUAGAUUUGUGUGUAGUUAAGGAAUUGGUAUGCCAGAAUGAUGUAUGCUCCUCUACUCUGCCUUGCCAGCAUCUGUGCUUAUUUUGUGUUCAGUAAAACAGCAGAUUAUUUAUUUUGUUAAUCAUCAAUAAAUAUUUUAUUGUUUAA